CGAAAAGCUCAAAGAUGCAAAGCUUUCCUCGCGGGCUCCAGAGGAAUACCAACUUCCAGCAAGGACCCCAUUUUCACACAACAUCUUUCUACCUCCGGAAAUCAAGAAUGCGAUUGAAGAUCCCAAUUACCCCAGUCCGAAUCUGUACGAUCUGACUUUGCAACUCACUGCCGAUCCGGGUCUUGAUGCGUGGUUCUCGAACUUAGUGGAUAUUUUGCAGACGCACUAUUUCGCAGAGCGAGCGUCGAUAGCUAUCCCCGGAGACGCGACGGAUCUGGAAAAUGUGCCGUGGGGGCAAAAGGCUGUUUUCAAUCAAAACAUCUGUGCGCGGAGUAACGAUUCCGACGACCCUAUGUCGCGCGGGCAAGCAUCUGCCGCGAACGGCACUUCGCUGGAAGAUAUCGGCAAUAUGGGACGGAAUGAAAGCGUGAACACGUCACGUUUAGAACCUACCACGCCUUCUAAGCGGCCUAUGCUCUUUUCUCGACACUCCUUUGCUGGGUUCGGAUCCAAAUCUGACCGUGACACAUCCCGGCUGCAGAACCUUACUAGGCCGAAAGGUGCACGCAUCUCUGCUGAGAACAGUGCAGGCACUGAUUCCAAGUCAACCAAAGAACCGUCUUUCGAGAGUAGGGGGAGCCGGAGGCUGGAGAAGCCACCCUCUGACUCAGUGGGCAGCACCCAACCUGAUGUCCGCCAGGCCAUCUUCCCAAUACCAAGGCCAUUGGAAAUCGAAACAGACCCGUUAAUAAAGAGAACUGGUGUCGUUAAACUGUUCGGGCGAACGAAACCUGUUGUUUUAACCCGAGAAUAUUCAACAGACCAAGUUGGGACUUCGCGGUUUCAUGGCAGUGGGGCUAUCCAAACCCCGGACGAAAAGGUUCAAGUUACUCCCGGUGCUGAGCCAGAAGUACCAGAAAAGCGGGCCUUUCCCCCAGAUACAACACGCACCAGGUCUGCCUCCAAUCCAAGCGCGCUCAUUUAUCAACCUCAGAGGGGCCUUUCGAUGUCUAUGGAGGCCUACGAGGAAUACGAGCAAAUCCCUCCGUCCCCUUGGUCUCAAUCACCAGCUCCAUCACCAGCGCCUCGUGCGCAUGCGGAACAGAAUCCGUUCUUUACUACUCUUGCCGUCGAUGAGGCCGCCUUCUCCCGGAAUCCUCCAGAGCAUGAUUACUCCAAACUAGAACCACUGGAAGCCAUCGGUGUCGACAAGGCAAAGUCAGUGGUUCAUAUACCUCUCCUCCAUAUUAGCGCCUCCAAGGAAAGUUCGCCGUCAACACUGAGGUUUCCAGUAGCUAUAUUGUCAAUACUAUCUCCAGUGGUCCCAUAUCCUGCCAAUCUACGACAGUCACUCUCACAUCUCAUGCCGCAUCUGGCGACUUCUUUUUGUUUGGCUCAGCAGUACAGUCAGCUGGAACGACAGGUCGCCUCUCGAGUAGAGUCUUCUCGCUAUUCACAACUCCUAGGACUCGGUGGGACCUUUUCAAGCGAAAACAGCGAGCUGGAGCUGGUUGCUGGCCUUAGUGGCCACGUCAGCAACACGUUGUCGGACGAUGCGUCCCCUCAAGUAGGGUUUCCCAGUCCUGGUGACAGGUCGUCUUCUACUAAAUUCAGCCCUUAUCUGUCUCAACUUAAUAGCCCGGGGACCGGUUUGAACAAUGUGGUUUCCGGAAGCUCUAACAACCUUGCUUUAUCACCGGGUGUGGCAACGAAGCACGGUAAUGACGCAGUGGACAGCUAUUUUAAUGUCAAGCGGUCCAGAAGUCUUCGUGAUACGGCUGGCUCAUCCCGUAACAGAGUAUCAAAGAUGAAGCAAAGCAUAGGAUCAUCCCCGCCUUCUUCACCAGGAAACACCUCAAAAAAUCUAGGUGAAGAUGCCGUAACACAGGGUCCCGACUCUGGUGCGACACUUCCAAUUCAAGAAAGCACUCCAGCUACUCCCGUCCUAUCUUCAGCACGUGGGUCAUCUCGCCACACGUCGGUGAAUUCCUUUUAUUCUCAGCUGCACCGCGAACUGCAGCAACGCCCACUUCCAGAUACGAUAGCUCAGUUGAUGCUGAAUUCAGUACCUUUGCAUCUGUUUCUAGCGAAACCUCAAAGUGGGGAAGUCAUAUGGACAAAUGCAAAAUUUGAUGCAUAUAGGCGAAGUCAGCCUCAAGAACAGAGGUCGCGGGAUCCUUGGCAAAAUAUACACAGCAGCGAACUUGAGUCUAUCUCGGCGAAGUGGGAGAACGCUUUGCGAACAGGUUCACAGUUUACCGAAAGAGUACGAGUCAAACGUUUCAACGAUGAGUCAUCCUAUCGGUGGUUCAUCUUCCGGGCAAACCCUCUCCUGUCUGGUACGGGUGAGGUCCUUUAUUGGAUUGGCUCUUUCCUUGACGUCCAUGAACAGCAUGUUGCUGAGAUGAAAGCCGCAAAAGAGCGAGAAAAAUUUGCGAUAGAUGCCAAAUACCGAGCGUUCUCUAACUCAAUCCCGCAGGUGGUGUUUGAAGCUGCAGAAUAUCGUGGACUCAUAUUUGCAAAUGACCAAUGGCGUUUGUAUAGCGGUCAGCCUAUCGACGAGGCGUUGAACCUAGGAUUUGCAAAGCAUGUACAUCCGGACGAUCUCGGGAAGUGCAGUUUGUUCUCUCUUCCUUCCCAUGGGCCGGCAAGCAUAUUACCCGCGUCUGACCCCAUGGAGCGGCAAGUUCCUAAUGGUGUUACACCAGCGUUGGGUGAACUUCUUAAACGUGGGGUGUUCUCUGUUCAAAGGGAUGAGAAUGGACGAGUUUUCUAUUCUACCGAGAUUCGACUCCGCUCCAAGGGAGGUGAUUAUCGCUGGCACCUGGUUCGACUUGUCCGAGCGGAAACAAUCAGUUUCGGUAACGGGGAAGCUUCGUGGUAUGGAACAUGCACGGACAUCAAUGACCGAAAGCUUCUGGAGAAAGAGCUCAAUAAGGCAAUGCAGCAGCUGAACAGGGAGAUGGAGUCUAAGACAAAGUUCUUCAGUAACAUGUCUCAUGAAAUCAGAACGCCAUUGAACGGGAUCCUAGGUACCAUUCCAUUUAUCCUCGAUACGCAUCUCGACACCGAUCAAAGGCGCAUGCUUGACACCAUCCAGAACAGUUCAACCAACCUGCGCGAGUUAGUUGACAAUAUCCUGGACGUUUCCCGAGUUGAAGCGGGGAAGAUGACCCUUGUCAAUUCCUGGUUUCAUGUACGGUCUGUGAUCGAAGAUGUCAUCGAUACCAUUGCAUCCAGGGCCUUAGAUAAGGGCCUCGAAAUUAAUUACCUGAUGGAUCCAGAUGUGCCUCCAAUGGUGAUCGGGGACAGGUUCAGGAUUAGACAAGUACUCAUUAAUCUUAUGGGUAACGCAGUGAAGUUUACAUCACGGGGAGAAAUAUAUGCCGCUUGCUCUAUCCGUCGCGAUUCUUCUAUUCAUCUAAAGUCUACAGAGAUGCUGUUGAAUUUCGAUGUGGUGGACACCGGAAGGGGCUUUAGUGCCGGAGACUCUGAACGGCUGAUGCAGAGAUUUAGCCAGCUUGAAGCAAAUGGCUCGCAGCAACAUGCUGGCAGUGGCCUGGGACUGUUCUUGUCGAGGCAACUCGUUGAAAUGCAUGGUGGCAUGUUGACUCCCAGCGGCAAGGAAGGGCAGGGAGCACGGUUUUCGUUCUAUGUGGUAGUGGAUGUCCCCCCUUCUCCGGAACCCGAACAACUGGAACUCGCUAGACAGGCAUCAAGAUCAUCAGAGAGUGGCGGAUACUUGUCCAGAUCAGCCUCAUACCAGAAACUACAACCAUCGCUCAUCAUGAGCCUUGAUGGUUCGUCUAGGGGCCCGGAUGUGUCCAGCGAUUUCCGUGGAUUUCAACAUGGACUGUCCUACCAGCUCGCCAGCUCGGCUCCAGCAGUACGCUCUCCUUUCCAGACGUCGCCGAAUCUCCAUGCCACGGCUCAGCCUCUCGGACUCCGUCAUGAGGAGUCUGCUGACUCUUCGCACCCAUCUACCCCACAAUGUCACCCAGCAUCUUCAGCAGAUCAACUCCCCGGGGCCCAUCAAGGACCAUUCUCCAUUCUCAUACUAGCCCCGCUUGACCAUACGCGAGAAGCCAUCAAACAGCACAUUGAACAGGUGGUCCCACACGAGGUUCCGUUCACGAUCAAAUCGCAGGCCGACGUAGAGGAAUGGAAGGACUUGGUGAAUAGCGAGAAUGAUUCCUCGUCGAACGUGACCCAUUUAGUUGUUAAUCUGCCUGUUGAAGAUGUUUUGGAUGUCAUGCAGUAUGUUGCAUGGUGCGAACCCGGUAAUGCUCCCACUCUCGUUGUCAUUUCCGAUCUUUACCAGAAACGUCAAAUUCGCUCGAAGAUCACCGAGCUAUCUUCGGAUGGGAAGCGGAUAUAUACUGUGCCUAAGCCGUUGAAGCCAUCUGCAUUCUCGCCGAUAUUCGACCCUUAUAACCGACGCGAUCUGAGCAAGGAUCGAAACCAAGACAUGGCUCGGGAAAUUAACGAUAACUUCAAAACAGUGACGAAGAUGGUGAAGGCAGUUGUUGGCAACAAGGGUUAUCGGGUACUGCUUGUUGAAGACGAAGCAACGAAUCGCAUGGUCAUGUUGAAAUAUCUCGAUAAGAUCAAAGUAAUCUCCGAGACUGCCUCGAAUGGACAAGAAUGUACGGAGAUGGUCUUCUCCAAGGAGCCGGGAUAUUACUCUCUCAUUAUUUGCGAUAUCCAAAUGCCGAUAAAGAAUGGAUACGAAACCUGCCGUGAAAUUCGCGAAUGGGAGAAAAAGAAUCGCUACCCUCAAAUCCCUAUCAUGGCUCUUUCUGCCAACGCGAUGACUGAUCAAAUCGAGGACGCUGCACGCGCUGGCUUUGAUGACUACGUGACAAAGCCCAUUAAACAUAAUGAACUUGGAAGAAUGAUAAUGGGGAUGCUCGAUUCCAAUCGGCCUCUAGUUCUUCUUCGGGACCGCUUCAAUGUCAACAGCCCCGGCCGUCGGUCAUAACAUACGAAUGAUUCCUCUUAUACAAUUUGGCUUAUUUAUACGAGGUCGACCACCAUCGCCUCUUUCUUUUAGCUCAAUUUUUCGCCUUUUGCUUUCCGCGUCAUUAACUGGAUUAAGGACACCCGGUUCUUGUUAAUUACCUUUUUCGUUCUUGUCACGGUGCAAGUGGAAAUUUAUGGGGCACAAGGCGCCUUUGGGAUUGUUUUAGCCUUGAUCCUCUUAUUUGCGUCUUUCGAGGUUUUUCUUGGUUUUGGGCCAUUAUUCACAGGCAAGGUGGGAAAGGGUUCCCAUUGCAUUUCACUCGGUGUUCAAUUGUGGUGAUACCUUUUUUUUACCAGCAUUGCGGCGAAGGAAUAUCUGGCUGAUUGCUUCUUUUUAUUUUUACCUUCGUCUUCCUUAUCCCCGUUUCUCUCUUCUAUAUAAUCUUUGUCUCGGAUAACCAGUCUUAUAGGAUUGGCGGUUUCCAGAGAUCAAAUACAUGUCUUCAGCAGUUUUCAGUAUUUCGAUUCUGACGUUGUAUUCUUUUUUUUUUUUUUUUUUUUUGUUUUCUUUGUUUUCUUUGUUUUCUUUUUAUUUCCUUCUGUUCCUGAUGACAUGAUAGGUCUGACUGGUCCAAUCCUUGUUUGUGCUCGACACCUACUAAGACAAUUUGGGGUAGACCUGUCAGUGUCCUUUUUCUUUUCUGUUUCUUCUACAUCUACGGGGUAUAUAACAAGGAGCAUUGGGAAGAGGAGUUGGGGCUGUUAAAAGGAAGGAAAAGCAAACUAGCCUUUCCAGCAGGCUUGGACGAGUGAUAGUUGCAGAAUUCAACUGUAUGGUGUAUCGUACCUCCUGUAAUGCGUAUAUAUCUUUCUUUUCUUUGCGUUUCUUUGCGUUAUAUUGUAUAUAUAGCUAUGGAUAUAUGUUUCCAAUCAGACGUUUCUGUGCAAUAUAUAUUUUGGCAUUAAUUAUAGGCUUCAGAUUCAAGAGAAAUAAAUAGGAGAAAAUGGGAUUGCAGGGUUCGAACAGUUUUAAAAGCAGUCUUAUAUCUGCAGCUAGUUAUAGUGUACAUCUUGCCACUUCACUUCGCCCAUGCUAAGUUGAUUGACUUAUAUCCAACGCUUCAUUUGACAGAAACUGAUGUAGAAAAGCAAAAAAGCAAAAAAAAAGUAGCUAUGCACGUGUCCUGAUCUUUAUGGAUCGUUUAAACCGGGCUCCUGGGCCAAUCUAUUUACCGCUGGGGACAGGACAGUGCCAUCGCCAUCCUCCUUUCUUUCUUUGCAGGGGAAAGGGAAUAUCAUAAUGCCAUAAGAUUAGAGACACGUAGUAGUAGAACCUUGAUUAAACCUUGGAGAGGUAGAGAGACAUCAUGAUGGAAGGAACUCCCCCAAUGGCAUACACCCAUCUAGCUGUCCAGGUAAACUGGUACGGGACGAGGAAGCUUGAUAGAUAACGGGAGCGACAGAUUAAUUAGCAGCUGUACUGAAGAGAAAGAAAGGAAGGAAGGAUCGUUGGCUGGCCUCGAACGGUAUAAUUUAUUUAUUUAGCAAUCGACACGAUACACCCCGUAUUGGCUGCAUCAGGGUCUGCGCAUCCAGGGUCUGCAAAGUUCGAACCCGGAAAUUAAUAUAUCUGGCUCUGCAGCACUGCGUCUGCUGCUGCGACUCGUAAGUGCGAGUGUUGUGGCGGUGAAGAAAGGUGCAUAAGGUGCAGUGCGCAAUAAUAGGCGAGGUUUUCACCAAUCCCCCUUCAACCGCACAGAUCCGGAUCGACAGGGAGAAGGGAUGUCUAUGUAGUAAGUAUUCCUCCCUUGCUGUACACCGCGGUGCUGCAUGCGACGGUCGUGGGGCGUGGCAACACUGAACUUUGCAGAGCCAGUGGGAAUGAAUCGCAACGGAUUACUGCCGUCGGGUUGGAAGUCGAUCGACUGGGAAUGGAAACCAGAGGAAAGAAAGAAAACGACGGCGAUCAUUGAAUAAGGCUGCAGUCAACCAUUCAAGCAGCCAUGCUGGUGUUGCAACCUGCACGGGGGAGACCGCAGGCAACAAGCAGCCAGCGUGGGUCUCGCAGGAUUCCAGUGAUGCAAUGCGAACGGUACAGCAGGGAAAGGAAAGGAUGAGGCUGGGCAGGAUUGCACAUGGGCCAUUUCGUUCGCCAGAAGGGCCGAAUCUCUCUGGACGAGCAAUUCGGGUACAAGAACGAAAAGUUUCUUUGCCAGAAGCAAUCUCCGCGAUUAUCGUGUAUUGGACAGUGUGCCACCGCGCAAGAAAUAGCAUCGGUCUAGAUGCAAUUAAAAAGCAAUAACAGGAUUGUAUUUGUCGAGAGAGCAUUGUGUGACGAAGGGCCCGAACUCAUAUGGCAGCAACAGGGCACUGGAAUCAGUAAGGCCGUAAUCGUAACGAUCAUGCUUGCAUUAGACCAACGCAAGGACUGAAUGUCGGCCUGUAAGCAGCAGGACGCUUGGCCUUCUCCAGUCCGAGCCACCCCAGUGCAGGUCGAGCGAUGUGCAACCAAGCAUCAUUCAUUUUUGCCCAAACGAUCUCGAGUCGAUCGUAUGUAUCAUCACGUAGUCACUUUCUCCUGCGGGUUCCCUCCGUGCAGGAGUUUAACGAGAUGAAACAGUCUUUGUUGAAAUCACCAGCGCCUCGAAUAUGGUGCGGCUUGCCACGACGAAUUGCGUGCAGCGGCUAUCCUAUAUUCUUGUUCCAUACCCGUUAUCCGAAUGAAUUUCUUCCAGGUUCAUCCGCGUCUGCCGGCAUUUCGCUUCUCAGCGUAUCGGCGUUUACCCUUCUCCUAGACCUCCCUUUAUGCGGGGAAAGAGCAGAAGGAAAAAAGGAAGAAAACGGUCUCAAAUAUCCUUUUUGCCACGUACAAUGCCGUGGCCAUUUUGCUGAGGUUCUUCCCCUUUCCUUCCGGAUUGGCUCGCCG